AUGGCGAUCAUCAUCACCCGUGUUAUUGCUCUCUUCUUCCUUGGUUUUGCAUUCCUUGCUUGUGUUUUGGUUACCUUCAAGAACAAAUGUCAAUAUACUGUAUGGCCAGGAACCCUAACUGGUUCUCAAAAGGCGCAAUUGUCACAAACUGGUUUUACAUUGGCACCUGGAGCAACCAAUUCUUUGAACCUUCCAUCUUCAUGGUCUGGUAGGUUCUGGGGUAGAACUGGUUGCUCCAACAACGGCGGAAGGUUCACUUGCGCCACUGGUGACUGUGGUACUGGUCAAGUCGCGUGUAAUGGCAAUGGUGGAGCCACACCGGCAACCCUAGUAGAAAUUACUGUAGCAUCUAAUGGUGGACAAGACUUCUACGAUGUUAGUAAUGUGGACGGAUUUAACCUACCUCUUUCGGUUAGCACUCAAGGCGGUAGAGGCACUUGCAAGACCUCGAGUUGCCCGACCAAUAUUAACCGGGCUUGCCCGAGUGAAUUGCAAGUGAAAGGCUCGAAUGGAAACGUUGUCGGUUGCAAGAGUGCUUGUGUAGCUUUUGGCAAACCUGAGUAUUGUUGCACUGGUAGUCACAACACUGAAAAAACUUGCCCUCCAACAAACUACUCUAAAUUCUUCAAACAACAGUGUCCUGAUGCUUAUAGCUAUGCUUAUGAUGAUCUUAGGAGCACUUUCACUUGCUCUGGAAAGCCUAAUUAUACCAUUACAUUCUGUCCUUAAAUAUUAUAGCUUUGAGUAGCUAGAAAGGGAUAGAUCUUAAUAACUAAUUGUUGUGCCUUAGUUAUACUUGACAAAAAAUAACUGCACACAAUUAUUAUACAGGAUAAAAAAAAAUAAUACUACUAAUAAUCAUCA